AUGUCGAGAGGAUCACGUCGCGAGUGCCUGGCAGUACUCAAGCCAACGGGCGAACUAUUUGUCAAUGGUUUAGCCUCAAGUUAUGACGACGAAUUCCCGGAUUCCGAACGUUUGGCAGCAUUAAUGGCUAAAGAGGACUUCUCAAAGGCUCUGAGCUCCGUUAACGACGCCCUCAUGGAUCAUUGGCCAUGUUUGCCGUGCAAAGGAUUCGGCUAUGGCUGUUGCAUUUGCACACUGGGCAUAUCGCUUUAUUGCGCUGCAUCGCAAGUACAAGAGGCGGAGAGUUGCUUGCAGCUCCAGUUGAGACAUCUGAACAAUCAAAAGAAGUUUAAGGAAAAAGGGAUUCAGUGGCGGCUCGAGAGAACGUGGUGGAGACGCUCAUCAUUCUUGGAGAUCUCGUAUGACCCGUCGGUUAUUGCCGAGAGUAGUGGCAAUAGAGAGACUCGUUGUGAGAUGUCCGAGUCAAAAAUGAAAUGA